AUGGGAAGCGUCGCCCCCGAACACACGAAGCCCGCCUUCAAGACGCCAUGGAUCCAGACGCCUCUGGUGGAAUCCGCCGCCCUCUCCCGCGCUGCCGGCUGUAGAAUCUUCCUGAAGCUGGAGAACGUGCAGCCCAGCGGCUCGUUCAAGUCCCGCGCCAUGGGCAACCAGAUCCUCUCACACCUCGUCAAGCCCGAAAACGCCAACCGCCCCGUACACUUCUACGCCUCGUCAGGGGGCAACGCCGGGCUGGCCGCUGUCUGCGCUGCCCGCAGCCUGGGUUACCCCUGCACGGUGGUGGUGCCGUUGUCGACUAAGCCGCUGAUGGUCCAGAAGCUGCGCACCGCCGGCGCCGCGGACGUCAUCCAGUACGGCGAGACCUUCUCCGAAGCCGGCGAGUACAUGCAGAACGUCAUCAUGAAGCAGAAGGGUGACAACGAGAGCGACGACGUCGCCAAGGUCGCCCUGCACCCCUUCGACAACGAGCCCAUCUGGCUCGGAAACAGCACCAUCAUCGACGAGCUGGUUACCCAGCUGCCGCCGCCCGUUGGUGACGACGAAACCGCCGUCCACCACGGCCGCCCGCUGCCCGUAGAUGCCAUCAUCUGCAGCGUCGGCGGCGGCGGCCUCCUCAACGGCCUCGUCAUGGGCAUCGAGCGCGAGCGCCAGAACCAGAAGCUGUCCGGUCACUACGCGUCGUCCCCAUCGUCCAAGCCCAUCCAUCUCGUGGCCGUCGAAACCCAGGGCACGGACUCCCUGGCCGCCGCUGUCGCCAACAACUCCCUCGUCUCCCUGCCCAAGAUCACAUCCCAGGCCACCUCGCUCGGGGCCAUCCGCGUCUCCGAGCGCACGUUCCAGUAUGCUGUCUCGCCACCGGCGGGAAUCGCGGUGCACAGCACUGUGCUUUCGGACGCUGAUGCGGCGAGGGGCGUCCUCCGUCUUGUCGAUGAUGAGAGACUCCUCGUCGAGCUGGCGUGCGGUGUCUGCGUGGAAGCGGCAGUGGGUGAUGCCGGAAAGGAGCGGCUGGCCUCGUCGGGAUCCGACGCGCAAGCCACUGCGAACAAGAAGCGGAAGCGCGCUCAGGGACGGCGGGAUGAAGGAUAUGGCGACGACCGUGCUUCAGCAACGGAGAACGAGACGGAGCCGGAGGAGGGCGUCGAACGAACGCGCCGGACUCUUAACCACGCCGAUGAUGCUGCGGAUACCGCGUCCGUCCCGGCGGAGAUCCCGUCUGCGCCCCUGCAGUCGAAGCUGAAGCAGCUCGUACCGGAUCUGAACCGCGAUAGUCGCGUAGUCAUCGUUGUCUGCGGCGGCAGCAACGUGACGAUCGACGGGGCAGUGGAGUGGCGCAAGAUGCUCCAGGAAGGAUGGGGCAACUGA